CCCUACUUCACUUGACCCAGUCCGAGCUGCAGCCCCUGGUAGAAGCAGCCAGGGCUGGGCCGAUUUCCAAGCGAAGAGGGGCCGAGAGGCGUGAGCAGCGCUCCGCAGCUCUCCUCAGAGAAACGGAGCAGAGGCUCCUUUGUGGGCUGGUACAUCCCCCUCCCGGGUGCACGGCAGGGCCAUUUGAUCUGCGCGGUGAUUGAUAAGUGCGGGAGAGGGGCCGCCGUCCUCCCCCCCCCCCUUCCUCUCUCCUCCUCCCUACUCCCCCACCCCUGUCUGCACCCUCCCUCUUUCCUGCCAGAAGCGCGGCCAGGCGGUGAGCUGCUCCGGUAGGGAUCGGCCUGCCCUGGGGGCGCUGCCCGCGCUCUCUGCCGUGCCCUAGUUCCCAGCCCCAUCAGUCCGAAGCUGCACCGGCUCCUGCGCCUCUCCGAGCCGCAGAUGCUGUGGGCGCCUCCGGGGGAAGAUCCGGGCGGCGCACUCGCUCGGAGCUUCUCCGGUGGCCAAGCGGGUUGGAGGUGGAGUAGUUCAGAAUCAACUGACACAGCCGCCGAGAACUGAGCUUUGCAAAGCCGCUCGCAGGAAGGGGAAGCAUCUGCCCCACCCUCCCCCACCAAGCGCGCCCUCGAUCCUCUGCCUGCCCCCUCCUCCCGUGACGUCACCCUAGUCCUGUCCCGGGAGCCAGCAAAGCCUCUCAAAUUCAAACUGCUAGACGCACUGCUGCCGCUGCCACCCGAUUGGAAGCGCGCGCCCAGGCUCCGCUGUCUCCACCGUCAGCCAACCCCACCGGCCUGCUCCCCAACCUCCCGAAGCAAUCGCACCCUGGUUCCCCGGCGGUUUCGGCUUCCCUGCAUUCCAACCCUUCUCUGUCUCUCCUGGAACCAGCCGGGUUUUAAAUUUCUGCGCAGCCCCAAGUAUAUUUAAUCAAGAAGCAAAAGCAGGGCAUACCCCUUGGAAACAGCGUCUUCUUUUACCUUGCUCGUUCUCUCUUCCUGAAGAUGCUAAACUCCUGGCGGACUGCAGAGGAAGGGGGUCCUGUCUUCUCCUAAUGUGUUUGCCUGUAGGUACCUGAGCUGACACGAAGGUGCCUAAAGAUGCUGAGCGGCGUUUGGUUCCUCAGUGUGUUAACCGUGGCCGGGAUCUUACAGACGGAGAGUCGCAAAACUGCCAAAGACAUUUGCAAGAUCCGCUGCCUGUGUGAAGAGAAGGAAAACGUACUGAACAUUAACUGUGAAAACAAAGGAUUUACAACUGUCAGCCUGCUCCAGCCCCCCCAGUAUCGAAUCUAUCAGCUUUUUCUCAAUGGAAACCUCCUGACUAGACUGUACCCAAACGAAUUUGUCAAUUACUCCAACGCAGUGACUCUUCACCUUGGUAACAACGGGUUGCAAGAGAUCCGGACUGGGGCAUUCAGCGGCCUGAAAACCCUCAAGAGACUGCACCUCAACAACAACAAACUUGAGGUAUUGAGGGAGGACACCUUCCUGGGCCUGGAGAGCCUGGAGUACCUCCAGGCAGACUACAAUUACAUUAGUGCCAUUGAGGCAGGGGCAUUCAGCAAACUUAAUAAGCUCAAAGUGCUCAUCCUGAAUGACAACCUUCUGCUGUCCCUGCCCAGCAAUGUGUUUCGCUUUGUCCUGCUGACCCACUUAGACCUCAGGGGGAACAGGCUGAAAGUCAUGCCGUUCGCUGGUGUCCUUGAACACAUCGGAGGGAUCAUGGAGAUUCAGCUGGAGGAAAACCCCUGGAAUUGCACUUGUGACUUACUUCCCCUCAAGGCGUGGCUGGACACCAUAACUGUUUUCGUGGGGGAGAUUGUCUGUGAAACUCCCUUCAGGUUGCACGGGAAGGAUGUGACCCAACUGACCAGACAAGACCUCUGUCCCAGGAAGAGUGCUGGUGACUCCAGUCAGAGGGGCAGCCAUGCUGACACACACGUCCAAAGGCUGUCACCUACAAUGAAUCCCGCGCUCAGCCCAACCAGGGCCCCAAAAGCCAGCCGACCACCCAAAAUGAGAAACCGUCCAACUCCCCGAGUGACUGUGUCCAAGGACAGGCAGAGCUUUGGACCAAUCAUGGUGUACCAGACCAAGUCUCCUGUGCCCCUCACUUGUCCCAGUAGCUGUGUCUGCACCUCUCAGAGCUCAGACAACGGUCUAAAUGUGAACUGCCAAGAAAGGAAGUUCACCAAUAUCUCCGACCUGCAGCCCAAACCUACCAGUCCAAAGAAACUCUACCUAACAGGGAACUAUCUUCAAACUGUCUAUAAGAAUGACCUCUCAGAAUACAGUUCUUUGGAUCUGUUGCAUUUAGGAAACAAUAGGAUUGCUGUCAUUCAGGAAGGUGCCUUCACAAACCUAACCAGUUUACGCAGACUGUAUCUGAAUGGCAAUUACCUUGAAGUACUGUAUCCUUCUAUGUUUGAUGGACUGCAGAGUUUGCAGUAUCUCUAUUUAGAGUAUAAUGUCAUUAAGGAAAUUAAGCCACUGACCUUUGAUGCUUUGAUUAACCUACAGCUACUCUUUCUGAAUAACAAUCUCCUGCGGUCCUUACCUGAUAAUAUAUUUGGGGGCACGGCCCUCACCAGGCUGAAUCUGAGAAACAAUCAUUUUUCCCACCUGCCUGUGAAAGGGGUUCUGGAUCAGCUUCCAGCUUUUAUCCAGAUAGAUCUGCAAGAGAACCCAUGGGACUGCACCUGUGAUAUCAUGGGGCUGAAGGACUGGACAGAACAUGCCAAUUCCCCUGUCAUCAUCAAUGAGGUGACUUGUGAGUCUCCUGCUAAGCAUGCAGGGGAGAUCCUGAAGUUUCUAGGGAGAGAGGCUAUUUGUCCAGAUAGUCCAGACUUGUCAGAUGGGACGGGUUUGUCGGUGAAUCACAACACAGACACACCUCGGUCACUUAGUGUGUCUCCUAGUUCUUAUCCUGAACUCCACACUGAAGUUCCACUCUCUGUCUUAAUUUUAGGAUUGCUUGUUGUUUUUAUCCUGUCUGUCUGUUUUGGGGCUGGUUUAUUCGUCUUCGUACUGAAACGCAGAAAGGGAGUGCCAAGUGUUCCCAGGAGUGGCAACAACUUAGAUGUCAGUUCCUUCCAGUUACAGUAUGGGUCUUACAACACAGAGACUCAUGAUAAAACCGAUGGCCACGUCUAUAACUAUAUCCCCCCACCUGUGGGUCAGAUGUGCCAAAACCCCAUCUACAUGCAGAAGGAAGGAGACCCGGUAGCCUAUUACCGAAACCUGCAAGAGUUCAACUAUGGCAACCUGGAGGAGAAAAAAGAAGAGCCAGCCACACUUGCUUACACGAUAAGUGCCACUGAGUUGCUGGAAAAGCAGGCCACACCCAGAGAGCCCGAGGUGCUGUAUCAGAAUAUUGCUGAGCGAGUCAAGGAACUCCCCAGUGCAGGCCUAGUCCACUAUAACUUUUGUACCUUACCUAAAAGGCAGUUCGCCCCUUCCUAUGAAUCUCGACGCCAAAACCAAGACAGAAUCAAUAAAACCGUUUUAUAUGGAACUCCCAGGAAAUGCUUUGUGGGACAGUCAAAACCCGACCACCCUUUACUGCAAGCUAAGCCGCAAUCAGAACCAGACUACCUCGAAGUUCUGGAAAAACAAACUGCAAUCAGUCAGCUGUGAAAGGAAAUCAUUGACAACCUAUGGCAUCACAGGAUGCUGCUCUGAACUGUCGGAAGCACUGCAUUCCCUCUUGUGUUUAUUUGUGUUCUCCCUUGCCCAGCCUUAACGGGGGACUUUGAAAAUGUUUGGAAAUGGGUUAAAGCAAUGGUAGUGCUUUCGCAGGUGGUUUUCCUUUAAAUUAUUUCUCUCUUGCUUUCUCCUCCAUCUUUUUUACUUUCUCUUCCUAGGAGCCAUUAGUCACCGUGAAUGUUUCUAUGAUGCAUUUUUUUUCAUGUACUUUGUUGAUGGUUUUGUUUCUGUUUUUUAAAUUUUUUUUAAUUUUCCAGUAUUGGAGUGGAAAGAGGAGAUUAUAGUGAAUGAAGAGAGAAUAGACAGACUUUUCAUGUGAAAAUGGACGUUUAGUGUAUUUUGUAGAAGAUCUCCAAAGAUCUUGUGGGACUAUAACUUCUUUUGUAAAUACUGACAUAUGGUAUUUCCAUCUUCAGUUACCAAGUGUAGCCACUGGGUACCACAUCUUUAUGUUAAAGUGCCUUUGCACUUUAAGUACAUUACUUAAAUGUUGCUUUUAGCUUUGAUAAAUUGAACAUAUUUUAAGGUGUUGUAUUUUUGAAACUGAAAACACUGUAAAAUAGAUCGAUAUGUCAGCUAUAUUAAGUCAACGUACGGUUUGCUUGAGUUACAGAAGCCAGCCUGUCAUCAAAUGAUUCUAGUUCUAGUACUUUGUAGACUUAACUGUAAAAUAUUUGCUUUCCUCUGGGUUUGAUUUAAGUGAUUUUAUUUAAGUCAAUUAAGGGGAUUUAAUAGCGGACUAGAGGUAAUAAGCCACCUCAGUUGGGAUUAGUAAUUCAUUAAUAAAAAUAUAUUUAACCCAAUAUCAGAGUGAAUUGAACAAUUAAUGCCCUACCAUAAGUCAUUGUUUUACACUAACAUGGUCAGUGUUUUAGAUUAUUUUCCUAAUUAAGAGUACAUUACACAACUUGUAAUAUAUUUUUUCUGCAUUAAAUUAGAUAUUUUUAUAUAUUUAAAUGAAAGAGUCGUGUAUUUCUAACUUUUUAAUUGAAAUUAAUAUUUUUUCUGCCUAUUGAAACAUUUUCUAUGAACACACACCAGUAGGGGCCGCCACACACUUCAUUUAACAAAGACAUAGGAGCCAUUAAAUACCUUGAAGGAAGACAUCAACGGUGAGAUUAAAACUUCCCAAAUAAGUUCUCUGCAAAUUCAAGGUAGUCGAGAUAAAAAUGUAUACAUUACUCUCUAUUUGUUGUAGGAUCCAAAAGGUUAGACUUGGAAUUCUCAGUUUUCCCAUUGUCUGACAAAGCAGCAUUUUCUUCUUGAAUUUAAUUGACACAUUAACGGGGUGCUACCAAAUCAUGUACUACUUGCAUCUCCAAAUUGACUAAUAGUUUCCUAAACCAUGACAAUAAGCGUCUACUUCCUUCUGCCUUGUUCAGGCAUGUGUUACUUGAAUUUGUCCUUGUCACCUUCAGCAAGCUUUUCAUUUUGGUCUUAGCAUUAAAAUGAUUUUAACUAAUCAAGUCUAUGUAACAUUUAUGAAGCUUUAUUGGCCUGUAAAUAAUUUUUAAAUUCAAACAUUAUUGUGUAAUUUAAACAAACAGCCCUUCUUUACAACAAAAAAUAGUUUUGUUUUGUCUAUUGUAAAUCCUUAUGCAACUGGGAUGGUGAUCUGCAUAUAAAGUAGUCCAGCUUUUCAAUUCCUUAUUAAAGCAAGUGAUGGCGUCUGAAAGCAGCACACUGUUUCCUUUUCAUAAAUAGGUUACUGCACAUAAUAAUCCUUUAUUAUCAUGUGGAGAUUGAAGUGGAUCUUGAUGACUUACUUUUAAGGCUUUAAAAUGACUAAUAGAAUAUUGUCUGUCACUAUUAACAAUUCAUGUGAUAAGCUUUCAAUUAGAAAUUAUUUAAAUUCAAAUUAUUUGGAUGAAUAAUUACUGAUGCAAACUAGUUUUUAAACAAUAGAAGGUAAAUGUGUGUGUCUGUGGGUGUGUAUAUAUAUAUCUAUAUCUAAAGAUAUAGAUAUAGAUAUAAAAUGUAAAGGGCAUUCAGGGAAAAUACCUUUAAUAGUCUAACAUUCCUGAAUAUCUACAAUGAAAAGCUAACAUGUUCAUUUUUUGAUAAGAGAUCCUAAUUCUUAUUUAAAUCGUUGGAUCAAAGUUGAAAAUGAUGAACUGAAAAGACCUACAAGAAAGUUAGCGUAUGGAGAGUUUAUACUGCAUGAAAGAGAAGCUCGAGCAUUACUCUAUUUGAACUUGGAGAUCGUUCUUGGAAACCACCUCAUCUUUGAGUGACGUAUUUAAAGAUAGUUUCAAAAAUUCUCUCUGGCUGUUCUCAUUUGCUGCAAUGGUAAUUAUAGAAUACAGAGGUAGGUAUUUUGGGAGGUCUCCAUGAAAGCAAAUUUGCAUGUAUGUUCUUUUAAGAUUGGGUUUAGGCUUAAACCAUGUGAGUAGAGUGACUGAUGUAAGUAACACCACCUCAGUGUUUGUUCUUAUUCUCCGGAAAGUAAAGGCACUCCUGUCAAAUGCUAUUCUUCAUCAGACAGAUUAAUUCAUUAAUCUUAAAGAGAGAUGCUUCAGCAUUCAUUUAGUUAUGUGACUUUAAAGACGGCAUCUAGAAGAACUGAAAUUCACAAGCUUUUCCUUAAUGUUACGGUUUAUUUCUAUACUGUCAUGCUUCUUAGAUUUGUAUUUUAUUUGCAUUAGGUUUUAAGAAAAAUCUUUUGAAUGUAGUCCUAUUUUAUUUAAAAGUAUAAUACCCUGUAAACUUUGAACUGUUAUGUUCUAAUGAAAUCAGAACUGUUUUAAGCUUUAUUGACUUAUUAGGAUCCCCACUGACUACCUAUAUUCUGUUUUGCUUUAACCACCCAAGUGCUUUGAAACUUUUAAUUUGGGGAUUUUUAAAUAUUCUCUCCUGCAGCUAGAUUUUGCUAUUUCUUCUGCAUUUCAUGUGCACCUUGAACUGAGUAUGAGUAUCAGCACAGACAAAUGAGUUCAGCCAACAGAAUGGUGUUCCUAGGACCCCACCUGGAACAGAUCGCUGUGUCUGGUCCUAUAGAUAGCAAAUGGUAAUUCCCUUCGAUUUUCACUUUACUAGCUGUAUCUGUAUCUGUGGCUAAAUUUGUGUUAAAAUACUCAAAAAGCACCACUUCACAGACCAGACACAAUUGUCAAGAGUCUAAUUUGGUUCUGGAUGUUGUUCAACCCGUGUGCCUUGUUAGUUCUUUCCAGAAGUUGGUAAGAAAAUGAUCCUUAAAUUUGUUCUUCUUUGUCCUCUGACUUCUGGAGUGACAGUUUUUUUCUGAAUAUUUUCAUGUUGUCAAGGGCUUACUAUUUUAUGGACUUUACAUAAAGUGUGUAAGGAAUGAGAGAGUGGUUCUGUGAAUUUGUUGACCCCGAAAACUAAUUUGAUUAUACACAUCCCAGAUACAUACUGAAUUGGAUGCUAGAGUGAAGAAAGCCUUACAAUUUUCUCAAUAUAUUCAUUCAUUCAUUCAUUCAUUCAAUAUUUACCGACUGCUUACUUUCUAGGUGCCAGACUCUCUGAUUUUUACUGAGGGGGGCACAGUGAUAAAGUAGACAGGAUCUCUACUCUUCACCCCUACCAAUGACCACCACCCCAGGAGCUUAGUGCUAAUAAAGGAAAACUGUACCCAAAUGAAAAUCACCCAGAAUAAACAGUGGGUACAGUGAUGUGUGCAGGAGGUUGAAUUUUUAAAAGUGAUUCAGUGCAGUAAUGUUUAAAACCAACAUACUAUAAAUAGACUAGUGACAAUGUUACCCCAUUAAUGUCUUUAGAGUUACACAGCUAAAAAGAAGAACAAAAAACCAAACAAAAUGAAACAAGUUUCUGCAUAAUACGGCCCAAUAUUAUGGCCUCAAAAUAGCUAUGUGCUAUCUACCUGUGCAAAGAUAGCUAUACCUGUGCAAAGAUGAUGACCAAAAUUGUAAAUACAAAAUCAAAAACAUACUUAAAUUUUCUGGAAUAUCGAUGUUUUAGAGAUAAUAUUUACUUUAUAUUUCAGUGGCUUAAAAGAUAAUAUUUUGGUUUAAGUGUCUUUUACCAAUACAGUGAUAAGACACCUUCAUCCUGAGAGACAAAAUUCAGUACUGUAUAUAGUUGUAUUUUGCUUCUCACAAUGGUUGUGCAAAAAUUCUCAUGUAAAUUGAAGUUUUGUAAAUCAAAUUGUAUUUUAAAUGCAUUAAGAGAGCUGCCAUUUAGAGGAAACUUGUAAAUCCUUUUAUAAAGCAGAAAGCCAUUUUAUAAUAGAAACAAUCACUCUCUAAUUUAUCUAUUUUGUAUGUUUGGAUUUUCAAUACCGACUUUGUUUAAAACCAAGCCCACCUGCAUAAGAGUGCAUUUGUCAGUGCUGCUUGUGCUGUCAGCCUCUUGGUUGCUAAGGACCUAUACUUGAGAGUCUCCGCAGUAGUCUGCGAAUUGUGCUACUGAGUGGUUCAAUAAUAGCACAGUAGCAUUCCCGAACAGUCUGAGUAGCCAAUCCAUUUCAACUACAUUGAACACAGGACUAUCCUGCUUAGUGGUGUCUCCUCUCUUACAAGAGGCCAUGUUUCAUCAGAAGGUAGAGUGACUCCUGCAAUCACAUUCUAUAAAGUGCUUAGAGUCACAGAUUUUUAUAAUCAAUAUAUGUUAUUAUGUAAACAUAUUGCAUUGCAUGUGUGUUGGGAUUUUUUAGCAGUAUUUUAGCUUGAAAGUACUUGUAUAGAUACUGUUAGAUUUAGUUGCAAAUAAUUGUUCUCAAGUUAUUGGAAUAAAUGGCAAAUGAAACAAACUCUGUGUAAAUAGACUUCUAUGUCAAACAGCAACAUGAUUUCAAAAAAAUAAAUGUCAUAUUUUGAGUUUAUAAGCAAAAUGAAAUACUGGAAGUGUAAUGCAAUGACAUUGUGUUGAAUCCGACAACCUGUUUACACAGUUAUUUUAUGCUGUAGUUAGUUUUCAGUUAAUAAAUAUUCCUUUAAAAUGAA